CAAAUCACAGCGGUUGACGUGCUUGAAAUGUACGGAUAUCUGCAAUGAACACGGAAUUAACAAUACACCCCUUUUGUCACCAAAGAUGGUGCAUCCCAGGAAGUAAUUUUAAGUGUUGCUUGCUCUUUGAGGAAAUGAAUAUGCAAGUGUUUACCGACCAAUUGUCCCCUGUUAUUUGUGUGUUAAAGGACGUUUUAAUUGUGAAAGUAGUAAUGGCUUUUUCACUCCAGCACUAAUCGAUUCCCAUUAGCGACUCCGUCAUGUCAGAAUGUUUCAUUUUAUGUUUAAUUGUCUUGUUCAGUCUUUUUGUGACAGUUGUAGGGUACCUACUGUACUCAGGACUCCUGUCAGAAAUUAUCAUCCGGACUGGUUCGCCUCCAAUCAAGAACAUAACAGUCGCUUACAAGUUUAAACAAGGACCAUAUAAAAAGUCGGGACAACUUUUUACUGAGAGCUGUAGCAUUGGACCUGAGCUGUCCAGUAUUGGAGUGUUCUAUGAUGAUCCCAAAAAGGUGCCAGGGGAGAAUUGUCGCUGUGCCGUGGGAAGUAUUCUGAGCGAGGGUGAUGCUAGACCAAGUGAGGAGCUCCUACACCUCUAUGAGAAGUUUGGUUUCCGGGUCUUCAGCUUUCCAGAGGUCACCCACGUCGUUAGUGCAUCCUUUCCUCACAGGACACCCUUGUCCAUCCUCUUUGGGGUGCAGAAAGUGUACCCCCAAUUGGACACCUACAUCAAGGAGAGAAAGUUGUGUGCCCACCCAUUCCUGGAGAUCUACAAAGACAAUCGGAUCCACUACAUGAGUCCACUUGGUCGCCAGGGAGAUUUCUAUGUACCAGAGGUCCGCCAGGACCCAGACAGGAGGCGCCUGGGAGAGGACGACUCUGAGGAGGACAGGGAGACUGACAUCUCAGGUGCAGACUCCAACAGCGAGUGCAGUUCAGGGAGUGGUGUUCUAAUGUCAGUCAGCAGAGAGACCUCUCUAACCCCAUCCAUCGUUCCAUCCCUGCUCCGAAGACGCGGGGGAGAUGAGGACAGCAGAGGCAGGAGUUCCAGUGCCUCCUCCUUUGAGGAGUUGGACAUGGAACUCCCUGGUGGACAGGAGGAGGAGGAGGCGGAAGUGGACAAUUUUUCGAUCAACAAGCACUUAGAGAGGGGCAUUGUUGCCGGAGAAGAAGAGUGAGGCUGUGAAGUGAGGAAGAGUGAUGGAGCAGAAGAAAAGGACCACAUGACCACCUGAGGCAUUGGAGAGUUUUAAAGGGAAAUGGGGAUCAUCUUUCAUCGCCAAAUGUUGGCUGGCUGACAGAAAAUAACCUACUUGAAAUAAACAGUAAUGUGUCCGGGAACCUGAGUUCCUUGAAACCAAUGUUCAUGUUUUUAUGCACAUUGUAUACACUGAAUAAUUACUAAACUUUUCAGAACUUUUCAGGAAGCAUUCCAGAUUAAAAAAAAUUAUUUUGUUAAUUGGUUUUCCUUAGCAUGAUUACCAUAACUUGAAACUGACUAUGAUCAAUUCUUUUUUGGAUUUAAAAUGUUGUGGUUGUGUGUGAUUUUAUGGUGUAUGUAAAAGUGCUCAGUGUUUUUUCAUACUGUUAUUUUUGCCUGUCUUUUUAAUUGUUCUAAACAACUUGAGAUCUAUGAACUUGUAAGUUCUGUGUACAGAUUUGAAACUGGGUAGUUUCGGCUGAUACAGACGUUUGUGUGUAUAUUAGAAAAUAUACAGUACCAAGGGUAUGAUGCCAAAAAAGACGUUUACUGUUUAUCUUAGUAACAACUGUAAAAUAAAGCACCUGGGGGUUGUGGUAUAUGUCCAAAAUA